CUCUCUCCGGGGCCUGGAACCAGCCCCUGGGGCAGCCCUGGGCUCUGCAGACACCAGCCCCUGAGCCGGAGCCUGCAGGCUGCAGAACACCCAUGUCUUGCUCCAGAUCAUCCCAUGCCCUCCUGAGACAAGGAAAGGAAAUGGCUGCAGUGGAGCCAGUGACCUUUGAGGAGGUGGCUGUGUAUUUCUCUGAGGAGGAAUGGGCUCUGCUUGACCCGAGUCAGAGAGCCCUCUACAGGGAUGUGAUGCAGGAGAAUUAUGAGACCGUGAUCUCUCUUGCAGGAUUUCCAAUUUCCAAACCUAAUGUGAUCUCCUGGACGGAGCGAGGGGAGGAGCUGCGGGUCCCAGAUCUCCAGGGCUCUGAGGAAGGGAAGCGUAUCAGCAACAUCCACACAGCGGAGAGGACAGUGAAUGAGACCAGUGAGGAGAGUCUUCAGCAGGAAGGUCCCGAGCAAAUGGCACUGUGUGGGAUGUUAUGGGGAAGAUCUGAAGGGCAUGUUUCCCAGAGUCCUGAACAGAGAGAAACCUGUAAGAGGCAGCACAAGCCAGAAAGGCAGCGGGUAAACCAUCCAGGGGAGGGACGCGGUAAAUCCUCUCACAGGAGCAGAGGGCUGAAAAGAAACAAAGAAACCGAUCAACAGAAAAUCCCCCAUGAAGAGGGACUCUACACUUGCAGUGACUGUGGGAAAAGCUUCUGUCAGCACUCAAGUCUUAUUGAACAUCAAAGAACCCACACAGGAGAGAAGCCCUUCAACUGCUCUGACUGUGGGAAAAGCUUCAGUCGAAGCUCAUACCUUAUUAAACAUCAGAGACGACAUACAAGAGAGACGCCUUAUAACUGUCCUGAAUGUGGGAAAUGCUUCAGUCAGAGCUCAGACCUUGUUAGACAUAGGAGAAUCCACACAGGAGAGAAACCCUAUAACUGCCCUGACUGUGGGAAAAGCUUCAGUCAGAUCUCAGACCUUGUUAGACAUAGGAGAAUCCACACAGGUGAGAACCCCUUCAACUGCUCUGACUGUGGGAAAAGCUUCAGUCGGCGCUCAAAUCUUAACAGUCAUCGAAUGAUCCACACAGGAAAGAAACCAUAUAACUGCUCUGACUGCAGGAAGAGGUUCAGUCAGCGCUCAUACCUUAUUAAACAUCAGAUAAUACAUACAAGAGAGACACCCUGUAACUGCUCUGACUGCGGGAAAAGGUUCAGUCGAAACUCAUACCUUAUUAAACAUCAGAUACUACAUACAAGAGAGAAACCCUAUAACUGCUCUAACUGUGGAAAAAGCUUCAGUGAAAGCUCACACCUUAUUGCACAUCAGAAAAUUCACACAAGACAGAAACCCUAUAACCUAAGUUCCCUCUAAGCUUCAGAGCUGCGCAGCAGGCUAUCAAGGGCUGGCCAGGUGAGGAGAGGCCCCUCUUCCCCGGCCCCAACCCCAGAGCUAUUGUGGAUGGUUGAGAGGUGCAUCUCCCUCCGCCCCAGAGCUAUCACGGACGGGGAGAGACAGAGAGGCACUCUCUCUCCUGGACCCGGGCUGGUGUGGCAAGAGAGGGCUGGGGGGAGUUCUUUCUCUUUGGGGCAGCCUGCAUGCCAAACCCCUUAUCCCUGGCCCCACACCAGAGCCUGCACCCCCAGCCAGAGCCCUCACCCCCCCAUACUCCAACUCUCGGCCCUAGCUCUGAGUGCCCCCCCACUCUCUGAACCACUCGGACCCUGCCCCCGCCACACAUCACCUCCAUAUUGGUGCACAUAACAAAAUUCAUUCCCGACAUGGAUGUAAAAUAUUAGAAUGAACAUUGCCAAUAACUGCUCUGAUUGCAGAACAAAGUUCAAUCAGAGUUGAUACCUUAUUGAACAUCAGAGAACGCACACAGGCGAGAAUCCCUUUAACUGCCUUGACUGUGGGAAAAGGUUCAGUCGGCGCUCAAAUCUUAACAGAUAUCGUAUAAUCCAACCAGGAGAAAAACCCUUCAACUGCUCCGGCUGUGAGAGAAGCGUCAGUGAAUGUUCACAUCUCAAUUCACAACAGAGAAUUCACAUAGGACAGAAACCCUAUAACUGCUCUGACUGCAGGAAAAGGUUCAGUUGGAGUCAUACCUUUAUAAAACAUCAGAUACUACAUACGCAAACGAGAUCCUAUAACUGCCCUGAUUGCAGGAAAAGCUGCAGUGAGAGCUCAGACCUUGUUAGACAUAGGAGAAUCCACACAAGAGAGAAACACUUCUACUGCUAUGACUGUUGGAAAAGGUUCACAAAGCUCAAGCCUUAUUGAAUGUCAUGGAACCCACACGAGAGAAACCUUGCCGAUGCAAAUAGAAAAAAGCUUCAGUCAGUGCUUACACAUUCAUUCACAUCAGAGAACCCAAAGAUGAGAAAGCCCCUAUGAAUUUUCAAGUGCAGGAAAAGCCUCAGUUGGACGUCAGUCGUUGUUGCCCACCAGAGAAUCCACACAGGGAAGAACCCUUUAAAUGCCCUGAAUUUAGGAAAUGUUCAGUGAGAGCUCAGCCCUUAAUAAACCUCAGAGAACCUGCAGGGAAGAGUGCUCUGAGUCCGAAAGAGCCUUCUAGCACAACUCAUCCCUCAUGAGAUGUCUGAGAAUCCACCCAGGACACACAUCAUAAAAGUGUGCUGGCUAGGGAUGAGCAAAGUGAAUAACAUUUUUGCUUAUCCCUACAAAUCUCAGAAGGUCUGUCAUGGCUGCAGUAGCCAUGUAGUGAGGACAUGCAACAUUAUUAAAGCAGAGAAUGAAAUGUCCUUCCUAGAACAGAGCUAUGCAGAGCUAGAGGCUGAGAUGAGAUUCCCACAUUAUGAUAGAACUUGAUUAUGACUUGCUGGGAAAUCUGAAUGUUUUGUGUUCAGCCUCUUCAUUUCAGUUUGAUGUUAUACACCUAAACCUAUCUUUUUCUUGUCUGCUGUGACUUCUCAUUCAUCCCUGAUAGAGUUUUUAGGCUGGAAUCCACCAAAGGACUUAAGUCUUGUGACACUGAGUGUUGCAAAUACGUAACUUUUGGGUACCUUGAGUAUCAGAGAAACAGCAGUGGGAUCCACAAGGACUUGAGUUAUGUGAUCAAGCCCCUUAUAAAAUGAAUGAGGAGAGAGAGGUGCCUUAGAAUGCAAUCCCCAAAUCCCUUCAUACUACAUGGGAUGCCAUGUAAGGUAACCAGUGUAGCAUGCUGACAAGGAUGGUAUGUCCUAAGCCCCGCCCCUUUAAUGGAAAUAGGCACAUAUCUCUGUUUCCAAUUCAUGAGUCAUGGAAGUGAGAUGAUGCUCUGAUGAUAGAACGAUAGACAUUUUGAGAGGCUGCCUAACAGCAGUGUGGGAAUCUCCUUUAUAACCUUUUGUUCAGAGAUUAGGGUACUCACCCAAGAUAUGGGAGACCAAUUCAAGUCCCCUCCCCACCUAAUCCAAGGGUUUAGAACAGGGAUCUGCCACCUCUCAGGGAAGUGCCCUAGCCUCUCAGCUCUCAGAUAUUCUGGUAUCUGAAUAUCUCAAUCUGUCUUAGAACCAAAAGUCAUUAGCUCAAGACAGAAAGUGAAAAUGACCCUAUAGACUGGUGGUUAGGGCACCCAUGUGUGAGGUAGAUAUCCCUGAGUCCAGUCCCCAUGCUCCAAUGACUCUCUAAGUGUCCCUGAAGACAAAAUCCUAAAUCCUGCCAUGAAGAAGAUUACAGAAAUUCCAGCUGCUAAAAAGUUCACAAAGGUUUAAGAAAUCAAUUGUUAUUGCUAAAAUUCCAUAGGGAAUUUCUGUGCUUAAGGGAAGUUGGAAUUUGGCCUUGAAGAAGAUAGUUAUUGCUUUCCUAGAAUAUUGAACCUAUUGGAGUUCAGUUCUGUUCCAUAAAACUGGACUCUUGGGCUGGUAGGUGCUGUUAACUGAGAAGUACUCAAGUCAUAUAAACCCAACAACUUCCAUCCAACUAUGAAAAAGAUCCUAAUUUCAAAAAGAAAAGAGUUAGAAAUAGUAAAAGUAUUACAGUCUUAAAAGUGCUUUAGAUUGGGGAAAAUUCUUCUAAACAGAAACUGGAAUGAGUUAUAGGAUUUCACUGUGACACCAUUGUAACUAAAACUGACUCGGUGCUGUUUGAAACUGCAUGCUUUCACAUGUAACGUUCACAUCCUGGGUAAGCACUCUAACCGCUGGGCUAAAAGCUAGGAGGGAAACCAUCUCCUUUCACCCUCCCACAGCCUCCUGGCUGUUUUAUGUGGAGCAAGUCAGCUUCUGACCAUGCCUACCAGAUUGGGCCUCUGCCUGCCUUCCCCUGGUUUGUGAAUUACACUGGCGCUUAGGAGAGAAAAAAGAGCUUGAUUGCCUGGAGUGAGGCAGCCUGGUGCAUGCCCAGAAGCAGGAACGAAGGCAUCUAGAAUAUUCUUACUGCAAAAACAUAGGUGCCAAGUGAGUUUAAGAGCCUACAGGGAUAGAUGACAAAUGAGUGAGAGUGUUGUAAUCACAGGGGUGCCUAGAAAGGUGUCUAGGAACCUUUGUAAAUCCUGCCCCCCACCCCCAGUACAAUUGAUACAUACAGACGCAGAGAUGGGCUCAGUUAGGUUGUCAAUAUGAUGUCCUGACUUGGCUCUGGGCACUAAGACAGGACAAUGGUUUAUUUGUGACUUUUUUGCUUUGAACCAGGAAGAAUUGGUGAUUCAUGUACCCCAAAUUUUGUAUGCAUUAUUCUAACCAUUUUCAGCUAGAGACAUCUAAAUGCUGCUGAAUUUCAAGCUGUAGUAAUCAUAUGACUGAAUUUCAUUUAAGAAUCAGUCUUAGCCUAAGAAUAUUAAUGAUUUUGCUAGAUUUUGUUAAAUUGACACUGAUUUAAUUCCAUUGUCCCAUCCACCCUAUCUAGUUUUGUCCAAUUUCAUUUUUUGUUUAAAAGUUUUAAUAUCAAGUCAAGUUAGAGUUUUAAAUUGAGUUAACCAAAUAUAAAUUCCGUGAAGUAUUUGAUACUAGGGCCAUGUUUAAACUACAAACCUUAGUCGAUGCAAGUUGCAUCAAGAUAAAGAUGCCUCAGCAUAUCACUUGCACACAUGCAGACAUGGCUCCUUGUAGCAUGUUGUUCAGCAUGCCCUCUGCAGCAUGUCCUUUCCUUUUUCUGUGUUUUUCCUUCGGAGCAGGGAUCAGGAUAGUAACUGUGAUGGGUUGGAUCACAGAACCUGUCUUGGGAGCCACCACCUGGUGUGCCAAGACUAUUUCUACCCCUGCUUUCCCUGCCAUCUCAGGACUCCAGAACCCUGUCUUGCUGAGCCAGACACACCCAUCUGCUCCAACAAAGACCCAGGGUGUGAAUUACUUGCCCAAAACUGAAGAUUUGCCUGAAACCAGCUAACAGAAGUGUGCUUGUCUUUAACACCCAGAUGCCCAACUCCUGAUGGGUCUAAACCCAAAUAAAUCAAUUUUACCCUGUAUAAAGCUUAUGCAGGGUAAACUCAUAAAUUGUUCGCCCUCUAUAACACUGAUAGAGAGAUAUGCACAGCUGUUUGCUCCCCCAGGUAUUAAUACAUACUCUGAGAUAAUUAAUAAGUAAAAAGUGAUUUUAUUAAAUACAGAAAGUAGGAUUUAAGUGGUUCCAAGUAGUAACAGACAGAACAAAGUAAGUCACCAAGCAGAAUAAAAUAAAAUGUGCAAAUCUAUGUCUAAUCAAACUGAAUACAGAUAAGAUCCUCACCAGUCCUUAAAUGCUCCCUUUUACAGACUAAUCUCCUUCUAGCCUGGGUCCAGCAAUCACUCACACCCUCUGUAGUUACUGUCCUUUGUUCCAGUUUCUUUCAAGUAUCCUGGGGGCUGGAGAGGCUCCCUCUUUAGCCAACUGAAGACCAAAUGGAGGGGUCUCCCAGGGUUUUAAAUGGACUUUCUCUUGUGGGUGGAGACCCCCUCCUCACCCCUAUGCAAAGUCCAGCUCCAAGAUGGAGUUUAGGAGUCACCUUGGCAAGUCGCAUGACUCACAGUUUUUACAGGUGGCAUCCAUUGUUUACGUGCUACCUUGAACAUCCUCAAGUAGACUUCUUAUGUGGAUUGGAGCAUUCCAAGAUCCAUUGUCCUUUAAGUGUUUCUUGAUUAGGUACUUAAUUUCAACAUUCCUUUCUCCAGGAACUGACCACAUGCUCUGCUAAGGUUAUUUAGAAAUCAAGCCAGUACACAACCAACAUUCAUAACUUUGAAUAAAAAAAUGAUACAUGCAUACAAAUAGGAUUAAUACAUUCAGUAGAUUAUAACGUUUGAGAUAUGUUACAUGGCAUGUGUAGCAUAAAACACAUUCUAAGCAUAUUUCCAUAAAGCCUUAUGGGAGAUACCGUCACAGUAACUAUGAGUGCAACUCUACAGGCUGUUACCCUGAAGCAAGUCUCCAAUAGGCACAGAAGUGCCUUGUUUAAAAAGGUAGUGGACACAUCUAGAAGAUAUGCAGGUGGCUGAUCACAUUGUGAGCCAAAGGACAUUUUCUGUUGCCUUUAUUCUUUCUGUAUCUUCCGGAACAGUAAACAUGUCUGCCCUGCAAUCUGGUUUUUGUUUGUUUGUUUGUUUUGUUUUGCUUUGUUUUUUGUUUUUCUGAAAUAUUACAAUGCCAUUUUCUUGGAAAGGGGAGGAGAGAGGGCACCAGUGGACUAG